CUUAUGAGUAUUUUUUUAAAUGUUAUCUUAUCAAUAACAUGUUCUAUUUGUUUCAAAAAUUUAGAUAAUUAGAGAUUGUUUGGCAGAACUCUUGAUACAUAACAAUGGUGCAACCUGUUUUUGUGGUCCAUGGAGGAGCUGGAGAUAUUCCAGAUUGCAGAAAGCAAGUUAAAUAUGAAGGAAUUAAGAAAGCAGCCAUGGAAGGCCACCGAGUCUUGUACGCUACCGGGAAUGUUCUAGAUGCGGUUGAAGCAGCAGUUCGCACCAUGGAAGACGAUGAAAAUUUUAAUGCAGGUAGAGGCUCUACUUUAAAUGCAGCAGGGGAAGUAGCAAUGGACGCUCUUGUUACUGAAGGAAAGAAUCUUUCAGCAGGCAGUGUUACGCUGGUGAAGAAUAUUGCUAAUCCCAUUUCUCUAGCUAGAAUGGUCAUGGAAAAAACUCCGCAUGCGAUAUUAGGAGGCGAGGGUGUAGAAGAGUUUAUUGUCAAAAUGGGUUUUCCUAGGGUACCUGAUGACUACCUCAUUACAGAGUUCGAAAAAAAAGCUUUAGAAGAAUUCAGAAAGAGGUCACUUGCCGAUGGAAAAUCUUCUCUUACUAAUGUCGGAGACCGAACUCUAGGUGAUGUAGGCACAGUAGGUUGCGUCGCUGUUGAUUCAACCGGCCAUGUUGCUUCCGGAACAUCUACUGGAGGCACCACAGGAAAGUAUAAGGGAAGGAUUGGAGAUACACCACUUCCAGGCUGUGGAGGAUACAGUGACGAUGAAAUAGGAGCUGUUUCUUCAACUGGUCAUGGAGAAACAAUAUUGAAAUAUAACUUGGCUCACCGGAUCUUGACAUUAAUGCAACAAGGUGAAUCUCCACAAAAUGCCACGGUUGCAGCUUGUGAAUCUAUGACCAAAAGAAUUGGAAAUACAGGAGGUGCCAUAACUGUAAGCAACAAAGGUGAAAUUGGAAUAGGAUUCACUACAGAUCGAAUGGCAUGGGCUUACCAGCUGGGCGACGAGUAUAAUGUUCUUUUGAGGGUAAAUAUCGCUCUGCCUCAUCCGGCUACUGCGAUACAUUAUUUUCUAGUAUAUCUAGUUCCUCCGUCCAAUAUGGCUUGUUCUACUUUCUGCAACCAAUUGUUUAUCUCCGAUUCGGACCAAUAUUUUAAUGAUAAAAGUGUAACAACGAUACCUCCUGUUCUCUUGGUUCAUGGAGGAGCAGAAUUCAUUCCCGACUCUGAUAAAAAAGUUAAAUUGGAUGGAGUUAAGGAGUCGGCUUGCGAAGGGUACCGAGUGUUAAUUGAAACGGGAUGCGUUCUAGAUGCGGUUGAAGCAGCUAUACGUGUAAUGGAAAUGAACUCAGCGUUUAAUGCAGGGAGUGUUACUUUAGCGAGAAACAUCGCUCAUCCUAUCUCCCUUGCGCGAAUGGUGAUGGAAUGUUCUCCACAUGCUAUAAUAGGAGGCAAUGGAGUCCAGGACUUCAUUGAGAAAAUGGGUGUUACCAAGGUUCCUGACUGCUAUCUCAUUACGCAAAAUUCUAUGAGAGCUUUAGAAAAAUUUAAACAGAUGUCUUUAACUGAGAAAACUCAUAAAUUUGUUGAGUUCGAAGAGCCAGGUAGCGGAGAUACUGUUGGGUGCGUAGCUGUUGAUAUGUGUGGCCAUGUCGCUUCUGGAACCUCUUCUGGUGGUCUCACAGGCAAAUACAAAGGAAGGAUUGGAGACUCACCAAUUCCAGGAAGUGGAGGGUAUAGUGAUGAUGAGGUUGGGGCUAUAUCUGUGACUGGACAUGGUGAACUCAUCUUACAAUGCAACUUUUCUCAUCGGGUAUUGUCGUCGAUGAAAGAAGGGAAAUCUGCCGGGGAAGCCGCAGCAGCUACAUGUGAACACAUGACAAAGAGAUUGCAGAAACCAAUCAUGGUUGGUGCGAUAAUAGUCAGCAAUAAGGGUGAGGUUGGAAUAUAUUUUUCUACAAAGCACAUGCCCUGGGCCUACCAAGUUUGCAAUGAACUGCACUAUGGGAUCAACCAAGGCGAGGAUAUUUGUGUAAAGCUAAACUAAAUUAAGAAAGUUUUUCCCUAAAUGACUGGGAUAAUUUACCCCUUCAUAAAAGAACUUAAUCAUUGGAUAUGAUGGUUAGCCAUGGCUUUGUAACUCUUUGUUUUAAUCGUAUUUAUACAUAUAAUGGUAUUAACUUGGAGUGACCUUUCAGUAAAUAAGAUAAUUUUGAUUCAGAGAAGAUGUAACAUUUUGUGUUGUAAUAAAUACAUCCAUGUUUUAAUAUAAU